CUCAGUCGCCCAAUCAAAACGACGCCUUUUAUUUGGGGACGAAAUUACACGGUUCGAGGGGCGCCCGAUCUGAAGGUUUUUGUUCAAAAUCGGCGAGUUCAUAGACAAUUCCUGAUUGCCCAAUCACUUCCAAAUAAAUGGGAUGAUGAAAAAGAAGCACAGCGUAACGUUGUUCGUUUGAUUGGACCACCUCAACCGCUCAUAGGCUUCAUCGAGAUUCUGAAAGAACCCUUAUUAAAACACAUCAAUAACGGAAUAAUCGAUGUCCUGAUUAGGAAACACGCGUGUCAUGAUGAGAAAACCCGUUUGAUGAUGGAAGCUCCACCUCCAUCCACAACAGAUUUCCAACCCAAUGAUCAAUCAUUUCUUUCCGCUUCAACGAGGACGAGCAUGAGCAUCCUGAAGGGACGACUCGCGCUCGCCCUUGAUGACCGGGGGAAGGCCUAA